AUGCCUUCCAAAUCCUCCAAGUCCUCCAGCUCCAGCUCCGGCUGCCGCUGCCGCUGCUUGUCCUUCAAGGCGCUGAGCUACCUAGCCAUCUUCCUGGCUCUGUUCUCUGCCGUCUACCGAUUCCUCGAUGCGCGCCUCGAGCAAUUCUACAUCUUUGACCCGGAGCACCUGCACGAUAUGUCGCAGCGCGCUAUCAAGGCCCAUGGAGAGGACACCCGCUCCAUCGUCGACUUCAUUGUUGCCGAGCUGGGGCAGAAGGUUGAUCCCAAGUACCUGAGUACCGAGGAAGAGUGGGUUUUCAACAACGCCGGUGGUGCCAUGGGCGCUAUGUACAUCAUUCACGCCAGUAUCACCGAGUACCUGAUCAUCUUCGGCACUGCCAUCGGUACCGAAGGCCACAGCGGCCGCCACACCGCCGACGACUACUUCAACAUCCUCCAGGGCACCCAGCUGGCCUACGUCCCCGGGGAGUUCAAGCCCGAGGUCUACCCCGCCGGUAGCGUGCACCACCUGGUCCGCGGCCAGGUCAAGCAGUACAAGAUGGAUGAGUCUUGCUUCGCGCUUGAGUACGCCCGUGGCUGGAUCCCUCCCAUGCUCUUCUUCGGCUACGCCGAUACCUUCUCCAGCACCCUGGACUUCCCGACGUUGUGGGCGACCUCGCGCAUCACCGCUCGCGAGAUGAUCACCAACUUGUUGCAGUACAAGCUGUAA